GCAAGGCAGGUGGUAGGCUGAGCCCGCCAGACCCACCUCGGUCUCCCUUACCGCUCCGCUGGGUCCACAGGCUCCGAUGGCGGCGGCGGCGACCCUGAUGGACCCCGCGCAGGGCUGUGUGACUUUUGAGGACGUGACCAUUUACUUCUCCCAGGAGGAGUGGGGGCUCCUUGAUGAGGCUCAGAGACUCCUGUACUGUGAUGUGAUGCUGGAGAACUUCGCCCUGAUAGCCUCGCUGGGACUCACAUCUUUUAGGUCCCAUGUGGUUGCCCAACUGGAGAUGGGGAAGGAGCCCUGGGUUCCUGAUUGUGUGGAUAUGACUUCAGCCAUGACAAGAGGGGCUUGUGGCAGGUCUGGUUCUGAUUUUUGUCAUGGAACAGAAGUUAAGGAGUUACCUUCCAAGUGCAGUGUUUCUAUAGAAGAAGUGUCACCAGAUGGGAAUCUGGAGGAAGUUCUGUCUACCCAGAAGACCUACCCCUGUGGCAUGCAUGGUGUACACUUGAAAGACAUUUUGCACCUCCCUGAACACCAGGCUGUACAUCCCAGGCAGAAACCCUACACAAGUGAGGCAUAUAGGAACAGAUCUGAGCUCAAGGCAAACCUUCCCCAGCAGCCCAUGCAGCAGAAUGUAGACAAGUCCAUUGGAAGGGAGGAGGACAGGGCCUUGCCUGGGAAGACCUGCCAAGAACAUCUAUCAGAGAAGCCUGUUGCAUGCAGGGAGGGCAGGGAGGACUUUAUGGCCACAUCAGGCUUACACCAGCAUCAGAUCACUCCCAGCAUGGAGGACCAAUGUAAAAGCACUGCAGGGGUGGAUUUUCACACUGUUCAAACACAGAACAAGUGCAAUGAAUUUGGGAGUGCUUUCAGAGACAAAUCCACACUUGUUCAGCACCAGAGGAUUCUCACCAGAGAAAGGCCCUAUGAAUGUAGCAAAUGUGGGAUAUUCUUUAGCUAUGCUGCUGGUCUCACUCAACACCAGCGAGUUCACAAUAGAGGAAAACCUUAUGAGUGCUCUGAGUGUGGGAAAUUCUUCAGCCAACAUUCCAGUCUCAUUAAACAUCAGAGAGUUCACACUGGUGAAAGCCCUCAUGUAUGCAGUGACUGCGGAAAAUUUUUCAGUCGGAGCUCCAACCUUAUUCAGCAUAAGAGAGUUCACACUGGUGAAAAGCCAUAUGAGUGCAGUGAAUGUGGGAAAUUUUUCAGCCAGCGUUCUAACCUCAUUCAUCACAAGAGGGUUCACACUGGCAGAAGUGCCCAUGAGUGUAGUGACUGUGGGAAAUCCUUCAACUGCAACUCCAGCCUAAUUAAACAUUGGAGAGUUCACACUGGAGAAAGACCCUAUAAGUGUGUUGAGUGUGGGAAAUUCUUUAGCCACAUUGCCAGUCUCGUUCAACAUCAUGUAGUUCAUACUGGUGAACGGCCUUAUGGGUGCAGCGAAUGUGGGAAAGCCUUUAGCCGAAGCUCCGAUCUCAUGAAACAUCAGAGAGUUCACACUGGUGAACGGCCUUAUGAAUGCUAUGAGUGUGGGAAAUUGUUCAGCCAAAGCUCCAGCCUUAACAGCCAUCGGAGGCUUCACACUGGUGAACGGCCUUAUCAAUGCAGUGACUGUGGGAAAUUCUUUAAUCAAAGCUCCAGCCUCAAUAACCAUCGGAGACUUCAUACUGGUGAACGGCCUUACGAGUGCAGUGACUGUGGAAAAACUUUCAGACAGAGGUCCAAUCUGAGGCAGCACCAGAAAGUUCACAAACCAGAGAGGCCUUAUAAAUGCAGUGAAUGUGGGAAAGCCUUCAGCCAAAGGCCUACCCUCAUUCGGCAUCAGAAAAUUCACACUAGAGAAAGGGGUAUAAAUAAUAUGCUCCCCCCUUGUUCAACAGGAAGGCAAACAACAGAGAUAAGCUCUGAGAGCAAACUUUGUAAGGAAGCUGUCAGCCAGAAGUUGAACUGUGUUCAUCCAAGUAUCCACACUGGCGAAAUUCCCUAUGAAUGUUAGAUACAUUGGAAGAUCUCUGGGGCUAAGUUAUGUUUUCUUAUCAUGUAUUGUAUCAGAGUUUUGUCACUGUUAGAGUUUGUGACAGAAACCAUCUCAGCUUUACACACUGCAGAGAGUGUGUUGGC